UAAGAACAUAAUUUGCCUUCUUUAUUGUGUUUAUGGCUAAAAUACAAAUCGAUGUCAAGUGGAUUCUUGACAUCGCGUUUUAAAUAAUACCAUCAACACAGCAUGGUGUGCUUGUGCAGACAGUGGAAAGACGAAUCAUUUGAAUGAGCUAUCGCUAUUUUAACAUAGAACGAAUGCAGGGCAAGCCUUUCCCAUUGAAGAAAAUAGUCUAAAAUUACUAUUAUCUAAUAACUAUUAUAUUUCAUGUAAUUUCAAGUGCGUCUUUGUUGACAUCAGACGCAAUGUUGACACACAAAGUCAAGAUAUUCAGGCGGAUCUUGUUACUGAAUUGACUUUUUUUAACCUCGUUAGUUUGCUGAUUCCCCCCAGGAAGUUUCCAGAAUUCUUGUGACACCUUUCGUCUUUGGUCCGGGCAUAGAUAAACAAUGAGAAACGUUACAGCCUUUUUCAAAAUAAAAAUAAUUUGCCUCUUUCAAGUUUCUAUGUGUGGGGGCUAGAGUCUAUGCCUAUGGGCAGCUGUAGGCUACCAGUUGGGUCUAUGGGAGUAUGUACGGUCUUCAAAAACGUGGAGAACGUUGUUAUCUUGUUCAAUGUUAAAUGCCAUUAUAACAACAGCAUUACCUAGGCUAGGUCUAAACCCACCUCUGUACCUUUCCUUUGACAGCUGUCCCAUCAUGGUUCUCUGGAUGCUUCUCUUGGCCGUUUGGCUUAGCUCGGCAGGGCCCUCCGUGGCCCACAGCUGUCCCGACGCCUGUGCAUCAUGCUCCCUGCAGGACAAGAACCGCUGUCUGGAAUGUGAAGCUGGAUGGACGCUUUAUCACAACACCUGUAUAGACAUCGAUGAGUGUGGCACGGCGCAGGGCCGCUGCCCUCCAGACACCUACUGCGCCAACACCGAGGGCUCCUACCACUGCAGAGAGUGCGACCAGGCCUGCGGGAGCUGCAUGGGCAGCGGGCCGGCGCGCUGCAGGAAGUGUGCGGCGGGCUACAGGCUGACGGGUGCCAAGUGUCUGGAUGUGGAUGAAUGCGGGGAGACCAGCCUGCCGUGCCUGGGUCUGGACGAGCUCUGCACAAACCUGGAAGGCUCUUUCCUCUGUGACUGCGCCGACGGGUUCAUUCGUAAGAAUAACGUCUGCGUGAGGACACAGCCGCAAAGCGCCCAGGAGAAGGGUCUGUUCGAGGACGUCCCGGAGGAUGAGGUGGCCGUGCUGCAGCAGAUGUUCUUCGGGGUGGUGCUGUGUGCCCUGGCCACGCUGGCGGCCAAGGGGGAUAUGGUCUUCACCUCCAUAUUCAUGGGGGGCGUGGCGGCCAUGGCUGGGUACUGGCUCUCGGAGCGAGGGGACCGCUUCUUAGACCGCUUCCUGAAGGGGUCCUAGGAGGGCCCUGAGACAGGACUUACUGCUUGCCUCACAUGAGGACAUCGAAUGUACGCAACGUAUGUGCAUUCAGGUUCAUGUACCGUUACAUGAACCUCCAUCUCUCUGGCCAGCACCAGAACAGAUGGAGCCUUAUUAUUUUGCAUUUAUUGGAUUCCAGUUAUGUAUUUAUUUUGGCACUUCACCUUGGUCAGGAAACUAUUUAAAUUUAUAAUGAAUCAUAUCGAUUUAUAAACAUUUUGUAUACAUUGUUUGUCUCACAUUUGCUGUCUAGAGUUAAUAAAUACUAUUGUAUCAUUUCUAUGUUAUCUAAAAAGAAAGACAAGAGAAAUCAAUGAAUAGGAAUUGGCAUGAUACAAUAAGAUUAAAGAACAUCUGCAUUUUGAUAUUUGUGUCAUUUUCUUAAUGAUGUUUCCAUAAUCAGGGCAGCUUAUAUAUGGUCCAAUGUGUAUUACUUCAAAAAGACACAGCUCCAGAAAGAAAGUCACCUUUAUUGGAUGGAUAUAAACGAGCUGGCCAACACUCAAUAGUUAUAUUCUGUUACAUCACAUACAAUAGCAAACGCCUCGGGUACUACGGACAGACAGCCUCCGUGGUUAGGAACAGCAACAUAACCGAGUCCAUGCUUCAUUCAAGCCUUCCACUCACUCUCCCUCCUUCUUGGGGAAUAGUACCCUACUUGACAUACCUUCUCAUAUGCAUUGAUAACACAUACAAGCAGUGAGUGUGCGUGCCCACUUACACACUAGUACAUACUUACACAAA